AUGACAUUUACAGAGGCUCAUUAUGUCCUCAAUUUUAUUUCAAAAAAUCUUGAAGAACUAAAUAGUAAUUGUAUAUUUAGUGGAAGGAAAGUUGUAAUUAAAAAAUUAAAAAAUAAAGAUAUCAAACAAUCAAAUAUUGAAGAUCAACAUCAAUUUAAUAUCCAAAAAUCUUUAGAAAAAUGUCGCCAAACAUUAUUUGCUUUUAGCUUAAUAGUUUCAAAAUACAAAAAGCACCAAGGAAAUAAUUGGAAUAUUUUUAAUAUUAAAUGUCUAAAUCGUGAAGAGAAUAGCUAUUUUAGUGAUGGAGAGAAAAAUGAAAUUUAUGAAUUUGUAAAAGAUUUAAGUAAAAAUGUUGUUGAAAAAUGCAAAUUUAUUGUUGAAUGGCAAAAUGAUUUGUAUCGUAAAUCGCUAGAUUACACGUAA